UGCUGAUUCCAUUUUCUAUCAACUUCUCAUAUAUCCUAACCAGUUUAACAACAAAUUUGCAUCAAUAUUAAGCAAUAAAAAGUUUUAGCAUGCUGUUAAGGUGUUCUGACGGUUACUAUAGUUGUUUCUAUUAAUCUCAUCUAAUAUAUAAUGGAUACAAGGGAUCUAUCAAAGUUGGCAGAUAUUCUGCGAAGGAAUGGAGCUGAUGUGUUUAGUGGCAAUAGUAAAUUCAUUUUAUCACUGGAUCUGCUUGUUGAUCUGAAUAAUUCCUUCCGGAUGUUAAUGGACCAACGCGAUGUCAUGACAUCCUCAUUUCAUGUAGUGAGCAGCACCAAUGAGAGAGUUGAAGAAUUCAGGGAUAUGCAUUUUCUACAUGACUUUAUUCAAAGAUCCACCAGUCUCAAAAUCACGCCUCCAUGCAGCACCAGUAGGUGUGGAGAUGUGUCCCAGUUUAAAAACUUGAAGCUACUUGAAGUGCACAAUUUAAACUUGGAUAGAAUUCAAGGAAUUGAGACAGUUAGGAGUCAGCUCCAAAGUUUGAUUUGCACAAGAAGUAUAGAGGAUAUGAAGGCCAUUUUGAUCAAAUGUGGUGGUGAUAAUUGUGAGAAUGAUCCACAGAUUAAAUGGAAUGAUCUAAAGGAGGCUAUGUUUUCUCAUAAUCAUUUAACUCAAAUUGAAGGUCUUUCAUUGAUACCAAACUUGCAUACUCUAGACUUGAGCCAUAAUGACAUUGAAGAUGCUGAAAAGUUGAAUAUGUUAGCAAAUUUAAAAAAUUUAAAUUUAAGUUAUAAUAAAUUGGCCAAUAUUCCAGAAUUCACAAGUACUUCAUGCAAUAGAAUACAGAGAUUAGUACUUUGCUACAAUUUUAUAGAAGAUUUAACACCUGUUUCUACCUUGACCAAUCUUCGUGAGUUAGAUCUAAGGGAAAACUGCAUUGUUGAACAUAAAGCCUUAGCUCCUAUUGCCAACCUAGCAACUCUUCAAUUACUAAACUUGGAAGGAAACCCAUUAAGUUAUCAUCCUCAACAUAGACCAAGAGCUACCAGCUAUCUGCAUGAGAGUACUUCGACUGUGCGCUUUCUUCUCGAUGGCAAACUUCUGAGCAAGGCCGAGAAACAAUUGACUGGCUCGUUACAUCCGCGAGUGAGGCUCAGGACAAUAUCAAAUACGUCGGCUUCUGCAAACGUUGCUGAGAAACCACGACGAGUACGUAACGUGACAAUAACCGAUAACGAGUACACUCCAAUCGUGGAACACGACCGUAGUGAAGAAUUUAGCUCGAGCAUGAUGCUUUCCGGAGAGCAUUUGGAUGCAAAGCGGCAAAUCGAACAAUUGAAAAAGGAGUACGGAGAGGAUUGGUUGAAGAGUCAGGCUGGAAGCUUGGUUCAGGAUGUUCUAGGUAUAGAAAAGUCUCUGCUUUCGUCAACGCCUUACGAUUCUCCUAUAGAAUAUGCGGUUGCCGAAGAAUUAUCUUCACAAGAAGAGCCUGAACCUGCGAAGGAAUUGGUCAGCGCUACAUUGCCCUACACGACAGCCUCUGAAACAAGUCAGGAUACAUUACAACCAGAUGAUACAAAUGGAUUGUAUGAAACUGCGCAAACUAACGAGGGGCGUUCUCCUACUCCAAGCGAUGACGAUCAAGACGAUGGUGACUUGGGCGAUGGCGAAGAGAAUAUUUUUCUUGCUACUCUUGUUAAUUCGGAAGAAUCUGUUUUCAUAGUUAUCACAGAAUCACAUAUUAUGGAGCGCGAAAGCACACGCAGCAAGGAAUUGUCACGUUGGCCUAUUGAAACACUGACAAUCUGCGAAAGUGAUGAAAAUUCCAUUACGAUUUAUUUUGACACCAUGCGAAAGGACGCUAAAUGUCGUAAGUACGAGUGGGAUAACGAGGAGUCGCCGAAAUUGUUGGUAGCUUUGCGAGCGAUUAUCAGUAACAAACCGGAACCGCAAACUACUUUGAAUGUCUAUAAAUGCUUGAAAUGUUCUACGCAGUUUGGCGUUGAAAUGGCAAAAACACUAAUGGACGAUAAUAAGGGGAGCGUUUGUCCAACCUGUGGGAGUGAUCUAGUGUUUGAGGAUGACUCUUGAAACUUAUGUUAAAAUUUGAGUUAUAUAUACAAAAAUAAUGUUUAUGAAAUACAGAUUAUAUUUUAUCAUCA